AUGCAGAAUAUUUUUGGGUUUAACCCUUCAGUUGCUGCUUGUGUUGUGUUUAUAGUGGUAUUUACCAUCCUAAGCGCUGCUCAUAUUUAUCUGGUAGCUAAGAAACGUGUACUUUACUUCUCUGUCUUUUGCAUUGGAGGUGUCUUCGAAGUCCUCGGAUACAUCACUAGAAUCAUUUCCGGCCAUCGUCCUAGCGAAGUUGGUCCUUAUGCUGCUCAAACCCUAUUCAUCCUACUGCCACCAUGCUUCUUUGCAGCAUCCAUUUAUAUGACUUUGGGAAGAUUGAUCCGAUAUUUACAUGUUGAAGAUCUGUCUCCUAUGAAGCUCAAAAUUAUCACCCCAAUAUUUGUGUUUGGUGAUGUUCUUUCUCUACUUCUGCAAGGAGCAGGUGGUGGCAUCCAGGCGUCAGGCGGUGCUCAUAACCACACCUUGGGUAGUGAUGUAGUCAUUGGCGGUUUGAUAGUCCAACUCAUCUUCUUUGGCGCAUUUAUUAUUGUCUCCACCAUUGUUCACAGACGUAUUCGAAAAAUUAACAGGGAUCUACCAGUUGAUAGAGGCACUCUCGAUAAAUUCUUCCUGGUCACAUACGCAGCAUGCAUUCUAAUCUUGAUUAGAAAUGUCUAUCGUAUCAUUGAAUACGCUCAGGGAUUUCAAGGUUUCCUGAUGGUUCACGAAGUGUUCAUGUAUAUAUUUGAUGCCGUGCUCAUGACUGGAGUCAUGGUCGUCUUUAUUAUUAUGCACCCAGGAAAUGUCAUGGUUCGGAAUGUCAUGGAAAAACCCGUGUCAACUGAAACUUUUGCCCAAGAAGAGGGCCCCUUCAAUCUUCCCUAUGAAGGGGAACGAGGAGAUCAGAUUCAUCUCACCGCCCAGAAGGGGGUUUAA